AUGGACAAAAAUUGCAACCAGAAAGAGAACGAAGCCAAAGAGACUGAUCUGUUGAAGGACCUUCAAAAGAUCCAUAAUUCGAUAACAGAGCUAGGAAAAAUGAAAAAGAACAAGCAGAAGAACAACAAAAAGCCACAAAAGCCACAGAAAGAGGCUGAAAAUGCGGAUAUUCUACACCAUACUGAACUGACAAUGAAAGUCAAAGUCUUUGUUAAUCCCUCCAAGCAAACUUCCACUAAGCUCACAGGUGCUUCCCCUGACUUUAAUGAUGCAGAUAAGUCGCUAGAGAAGGAUAUUCCAAAGUUGGAAGACUCAUCAGUAGGAGAAAUUGUAUCCGGCAAUACUGACGACUUAGAGGAAUCGUACGACUCCUACACCUUCAGCUCGAAUCACAGACAACUGACUAUUUUAAAAUGUGAUAGCUGCGAUUACAACACCAGGUCCUUUCAAAAAAUUGAACAACACGUAUUAAUUCAUCUGAACCGACUGAAAGAACAUACUAAACUGGUUUGUCCUCAUUGCUCUAAAAGCUUUGAAAAUAUACUUCAAAUGUACCAACACUCCAAAAGUAAGCACUUUCGCUGUAACUACCAGUUGUAUCAUUGGUGCGUCAAUUGCUCAAGAAUAUUCUCAAAUGAGAAGGCCAUUAGUGAGCACUUCAACAGUUGCCCUCGUAAGAAUUAUGUCUGCAAACUUUUCAGGAGCAAUCGAAACAUGUUCUGUAUGCUUUGCAAUUAUGAAUCGGACAACGAAAAGGAAGCCAAGGCCCACCGAAAUUCCUGUCAAUUCAAGAAAUUGACUGUUGUUGGCGACACUAUCGAAAUUGAUUGA